GUUCCAGGCGCGCGCAUCUCGGCCAGCUCUGGGGCCCCGUCUGGGUUGGGAAAUGAUGGAGCACGCUGAGGCAGAAGCGACCGAGUGUUGAGUGGAACCUGCGGAAUCUGCCGCGAUGGGAUCGGGUGCGGGCUCGCCCUUUGGGGUCCUCCGCUUCCGGUGGCUGCUGUUGUUUGGCCUGGUGGGCCCAGUCCUCGGUGGGGCUCGGCCAGGUUUUCAACAGACCUCACAUCUCUCUUCUUAUGAAAUUAUAACUCCUUGGAGAUUAACUAGAGAACGAAGAGAAGCCCCUAGGCCCUUUUCAGAACAGGUAUCUUAUAUUAUUCAAGCUGAAGGAAAAGAGCAUAUUAUUCACUUGGAAAAGAACAAAGACCUUUUGCCCCAAGAUUUUGUAGUUUAUACCUACAACAAGGAAGGGGUUCUGAUCUCUGACCAUCCCGAUGUACAGAAUCAUUGUCAUUAUCGGGGCUAUGUGGAGGGAGUUUAUAAUUCAUCCAUUGCUCUGAGCGACUGUUUUGGACUCAGAGGAAUGCUACAUAUAGAGAAUGUGAGUUACGGGAUCGAACCCCUACAAAAUAGCUCUCGUUUUGAGCACAUCUUUUAUCGAAUGGAUCAUGUCCACAAAGAGCCUCUGAAAUGUGGGGUUUCCAACAAGGAUAUAGAGAAAGAAACCACAGACUAUGAAGAAGAAGAGCCUCCUAGGAUUACUCAGCUAUUUCGAAGAAGAAGAGCUAUCCUGCCACAGACCCGCUAUGUGGAGCUGUUCAUUGUCGUAGACAAGGAAAGGUAUGACAUGAUGGGAAGAAAUCAGACUGCGGUGAGAGAAGAGAUGAUCCGUUUAGCAAACUACUUGGAUAGUAUGUAUAUUAUGUUGAAUAUUCGAAUUGUGUUAGUUGGGCUGGAGAUUUGGACAAAUGGAAACCUGAUCAACAUAAUUGGAGGUGCUGGUGAUGUGUUGGGGAACUUUGUACAGUGGCGGGAAAAGUUUCUCAUAACACGUCGGAGACACGACAGUGCACAGCUAGUUCUGAAGAAAGGUUUUGGUGGGACUGCAGGAAUGGCAUUUGUGGGAACAGUGUGUUCAAGGAGCCACGCAGGUGGGAUUAAUGUGUUUGGGCAAAUCACGGUGGAGACCUUUGCAUCCAUUGUUGCUCAUGAGUUGGGUCAUAACCUUGGAAUGAAUCAUGAUGAUGGCAGAGAUUGUUUUUGUGGAGCAAAGAGCUGCAUCAUGAAUUCAGGAGCAUCAGGUUCCAGAAACUUUAGCAGUUGCAGUGCAGAGGACUUUGAGAAGUUAACUUUAAAUAAAGGAGGAAACUGCCUUCUUAAUAUUCCAAAGCCUGAUGAAGCCUAUAGUGCUCCCUUCUGUGGUAAUAAAUUGGUGGAUCCCGGGGAAGAGUGUGACUGUGGUACUCCAAAGGAGUGUGAAUCGGACCCUUGUUGUGAAGGAAGUACUUGUAAACUUAAAUCAUUUGCUGAAUGUGCAUACGGUGACUGUUGUAAAGACUGUUGGUUCCUUCCAGGAGGUACUUUAUGCCGAGGAAAAACUAAUGAAUGUGAUGUUCCAGAAUAUUGCAAUGGUUCAUCUCAGUUCUGUCAGCCAGACGUUUUUAUUCAGAAUGGCUAUGCUUGCCAGAGUAACAAAGCCUAUUGCUACAAUGGUGUGUGCCAGUAUUACGAUGCUCAGUGCCAAGUCAUCUUUGGCUCAAAAGCCAAGGCUGCCCCAAGAGAUUGUUUCAUUGAUGUGAAUUCUAAAGGUGACAGAUUUGGCAAUUGUGGUUUCUCUGGCAAUGAGUACAAGAAGUGUGCCACUGGGAAUGCUUUGUGUGGAAAGCUUCAGUGUGAGAAUGUACAAGACAUGCCUGUAUUUGGAAUUGUGCCUGCUAUAAUUCAGACUCCCAGUAGAGGCACCAAAUGUUGGGGUGUGGAUUUCCAGCUAGGAUCGGAUGUUCCAGAUCCUGGGAUGGUGAACGAGGGUACAAGAUGUGAUGAUGGAAAGAUCUGUAGAAACUUCCAGUGUGUAAAUGCUUCUGUUUUGAAUUAUGACUGUGAUAUUCAGAAAAAGUGUCAUGGACAUGGGGUAUGUAAUAGCAAUAAGAAUUGUCACUGUGAUAAUGGCUGGGCUCCCCCAAAUUGUGAGACUAAAGGAUAUGGAGGAAGUGUGGACAGCGGACCUACAUACAAUGAAAAGAGUACUGCAUUGAGAGAUGGACUUCUGGUAUUCUUCUUUGUAAUUGUUCCCCUUAUUGUGUUUGCUGCUUUUGUCUUCAUCAAAAGAGAUCAACUCUGGAAAAGCUACUUCAGAAAGAAGAGAUCACAAACAUAUGAAUCAGAUGGCAAAAAUCAAGCGAAAGCUUCUAGACAGCCAGCGAGUGUUCCUCGACCUGUUUCUUCAGUGACUCCUCCCAGAGAAGCUCCUAUAUAUGCAAACAGAUUUCCAGUACCAACUUAUGCAGCCAAGCAGCCUCAGCAGUUCCCAUCAAGGCCACCUCCACCACAACCGAAAGUAUCAUCUCAGGGAAAUUUAAUUCCUGCUCGUCCUGCACCUGCACCUCCUUUAUAUAGUUCCCUCACUUGAUUUUUUUUUUUCCUUUACUUCUGCAGAUAUCUUCAGGGAACUAAGAUAAUCCUUUUUUUUUUCCUGAUAUUUUCUUGAAAAGCCUUUCUUCCUGCUGCAACUAUGAAUGACAACAAAA